AUGGAAAUAUUUAGCCAAAAAGAUUACUACCCGACUCCAUCCUCAAAUGUUAUUAGCUAUGACAGUGAUUGCAUAUCUAAACCGGUGAAUAGUGCAGACCUGCCCGCAUUAAUUGUGCACCUUUCUUCCCCUUUGGAAGGUGUAGACUACAACGCAUCCGCAGAUUUCUUCCUUAUUUAUAGGAAUUUCAUAACGCCUCAAGACUUACAUGAUUUACUCAUCUAUAGGUUUCGAUGGUGCAUUAGAGAGAUCACCACAAAUGCUGCAAAGGCCAAGAGAAGGCGACUCGGUGAAGUGGCAUUGGUGAGGACAUUUGUAUUGUUGAGACAUUCCAUACUGAAUUACUUUGUCCAAGAUUUUUUACCAAACAUAACAUUGAGGCUUAGGUUGAUCGAGUUUUUGAACGACAAACAUAUUGAACAGUACCCCAAAAUAAUUUCUAGCUGUUUAAUUAACCUGAAGAAAAACUGGGUACACUGCUCUAAGCUGGUUUGGGAGAAUAUUGAACUCAAUGAACCUGAUAAAUUAGACUUCGAUGCAUGGCUGCAUUACUCGUUAAAAGAUUUCACGCAACUGGGAAGCCUACACAAAAGAGGAAGUCGACUAAGCAUUUACGCCAGGCAAAGCUUUGCCAGUCCUGAUUUUCGUAAUCAAAGCGUUUUAUCAUUAUAUAAAACUUCUGAUGUAUUUAGACUGCCGGAGAAGCUACAGUCUUCAAAUCCUUCCAAGAGCCAGAGAAGUCCCUCUAUGCUUUUAUUUCCGGAUAACACAUCAAAUGUAUAUUCAAAGCACCGGAUAGUGAAAGAGCCCUCAGUUGAUACUGAAAGCGAAGAAGUGCCAGAUAGCAAACAAAAGAUAAGCCACUUAUCCAAGGUCACCCUAGUAUCCACAUUAAUGAAAGGCGUGGACUACCCGUCAUCAUAUGCAGUAGAUAAAAUAAUGCCUCCCACACCGGCUAAAAAAGUUGAAUUUAUCCUGAAUUCUUUAUACAUGCCUGAAGACUUAAAUGAACAAAGUGGAACAUUACAAGGUACAUCAACAACAUCUUCUUUAGAUAAUAACAGCAACAGUAAUAGUAGAUCUAACACAUCUUCAAUGUCUGUAUUACACCGUAGUGCUAUAGGUCUUUUAGCUAAGUGGAUGAAAAACCAUAAUCGCCAUGAUAGCAGCAAUGAUAAAAAAUUUAUGGGCGCUAUGAAACCAGUAAACCAAAAACCUGAAAUGGAUGCGUUUGUUAAAUACGUUGUAUCAAUAUCAUCACUCAAUAGAAAAUCUUCCAAGGAAGAAGAAGAUGAGUUCCUUAAUCCAGAUUCUUCAAAAUUUGACAUCCUAAGUGCAAGAACCAUAGAUGAAGUAGAGUCCCUCCUACAUUUACAAAACCAGUUAAUAGAAAAGGUUCAAACACAUUCAAAUGGUAACAGAGAUCACAUAGUAGAUGUUGAUUGUGAACGCCGAGAACACAUACUUGAUAUAAAACUUUUACAGCGAAAUAACUUUAAACCAAGUAACGAUAAUUUUAGCGCUAUGGACAAUUUAGACUUAUACCAAACCGUAAGUUCAAUUGCUCAGUCCGUCAUCUCUUUGACUAAUACUUUAAACAAGCAACUGCAGAGCAAUGAAUCGAACAUGCUGCCGUCGCCUUCGUGUGAUGCAUUGCAACGAAGAAAAGUAAAAAGUCUUACAACAGCAUACUACAAUAAAAUGCAUGGUAGUUACUCAACAGAAAGUAUGAGACUCUUCGAUAAAGACGCUAAUUCCUCACGUACAGACGAGAAUGGACCUCAAAGGCUGUUAUUCCAUGAAACAGAUAAAACCAACUCAGAAAUGAUCCCAAGUAUCACACCGAGAAGGAAAAAUCAUUCUCAAUCUCAAAGAAGUAUGACUUCUUCGCCUUUGAAAAAUGUUUUACCUGAUCUUAAAGAAUUGUCGCCCUUAAAUGAUAAUAGGGAAGACACAGAAUCAAUAACAUACUCGUAUGAUUCCGAAUUGUCAUCCACUUCCCCACCCACGGAUGCUUUAACGAAAAAGUCAAGUAACAUCAGAAAAAUCAUAAAUCAUACGGAUAGUCCAGCUCUAAAAACCAAAACUGGGUUUCUAAAUCUUAGAGAGUUUACAUUUGAAGAUACCAAGUCUUUAGAUGAAAAAGAGAAAGUUUCUGAAGAGGACAAGAAUAAUAUGGGCGAACUUGAAGAAAAUUGCGAUAACGAAGAAAACCAUGAAUUACAAUAUAACAGCACAAAAAAGCUGGAUAGCUUUGUCGAUGCGUCAUCAGAAGCUAAUAAUUGUGAUGUAACUGCAGCAAAAGAACAUUCACCUUGCAACCGCAAGGUCAAACAAGCAGUUGUGAGACCUGCUAGUGGAAGAAUCAGCAUUUCGAGAGUCCAAAGCAUAGCCAUAACGCCGACCAAAGAGUUAUCUAUCAUAAAUCCCGAGCAUAACGAAUCGAAUUCAGUCAUAGAGGAGAUAAGUGAAAUAGAACCUCUCAAUUUGGAAUGUAAUAAAAAAAGCACCUUGUAUUCUGACACUUCAUCCACCGUUAUCAGUAUCUCGACGAGCAAGCUUUUUGAAUCCGCCCAGAAUAGCCCUAUAAAACAAAUUCAAAGUCCGCAGAGAGAAUUGCCCGGUGUGACCAUAGUGAGUGAAUCAAAUAGAAUCAGAUUGUCCAUAGCACCCACAAUAGAGUCUGUUGUAAGUGAUUUGAAUUCGAUUACUACUAGUAGUACAGUUGAAACUUUUGAAACAUCUAGGGAUUCACCAGUGCCACAUCAAAGAAUAAUAAAUUUGAGGGAAGAAUAUCAAAGAGGAUACCAAGACAUGAUUUCAAAUACUUCUUCACUGCAUGAGUUGAAAACAAUCGAUUUAAGCGAUUCCAAUAAUGAUAUGGAAAGUCCAAGUGCCCAUGCACAAAGCAACAAGUAUUUUUUUUCACCAGAUGACGGUAGUAUUGAUGUUGCUUCUCCAAUGAAAAACGUUGAGGAGUUGAAAAGUAAAUUUCUGAAGAACGAGAGUGAAAUUAAUAGUAAUGUGUCAGGAAGUGUAUUGACAAUGGAUGAUAUCGACAUCAAUGACGCAUCAAGCGCCCGGAAUACACGAAGAGCGGAUUCCGAGUCAGCUUUUUCAGGCUCCCUAGAUAAGGAAAAUUUAAAUGAAAUUGCUAAUAUGCUAGAUGAUUCAAUUAAUGACGAUCCAAUAACCGUGGCGUUAAUGAAACUGGAAGGUACAUAUAAGAAAAUUCCUGGAAAACCAGAAAACACGAAGAGUAGCGAUGCUAUUAGAUUGAAAACGAGCAAGUUGGCAGAUGAAGUGGAAAUGCUGAACAUCAACAAUUUGCCGUCAUUCCAAAAUAGCCCCGCAGAAAAAAGAAAAUCAUUAUUAAUAGAAAGAAGGAGACAAACUAUAAUGAACAUUCCAUUUACUCCUGACCAAUCUGAGAAAGAAGGCUUUGCUUCUUCUUCACCUGAAAAGACAGACGUUUCUAGUAAUGUUGAUGUUGCUAUUCAAGCGGCACAAAUCCAGGAAUUGAUCGGUCAAUAUAAAAUUCACGAUUCAAGAUUAAUGAUCUCUAAUAAUGAAAAUCACAUCCCAUUCAUACUAAUGUACGAUUCCCUCUCUGUAGCGCAACAAAUGACCUUGAUAGAGAAGGAGAUUUUGGGGGAAAUAGAUUGGAAAGAUUUAUUAGACUUAAAAAUGAAGCAUGAAGGCCCACAAGUUAUAAGUUGGUUGCAACUAUUAGUGAGGAAUGAGACCUUAUCCGGUAUUGAUUUAGCUAUAUCGAGGUUUAACUUAACUGUGGAUUGGAUUAUAUCAGAAAUACUUCUUACCAAGAGCUGCAAAAUGAAAAGAAAUGUCAUUCAAAGGUUUAUACACGUCGCAGACCACUGUAAGAAAUUUCAGAACUUUAAUACAUUAAUGGAAAUCAUCCUAGCAUUAAAUUCUUCGGUUGUCCAAAAAUUUACUGACGCAUGGCGUCUGAUUGAACCAGGCGACCUGCUAACUUGGGAAGAACUAAAGAAAAUUCCCUCACUAGACAGGAAUUAUUCUACAAUAAGAAAUUUACUUAACUCGGUAAAUCCACUAGUGGGUUGCGUCCCCUUCAUCGUCGUGUAUCUUUCGGACCUAUCAGCAAACGCAGAGAAGAAGGACUGGAUCCUAGAGGAUAAAGUGGUGAAUUACAAUAAGUUUGAUACGAACGUUCAAAUAGUGAAGAAUUUCAUUCAAAGGGUUCAAUGGUCCAAGUUUUACGCUUUUAAAGUUAACCACGAAUUGCUCAGUAAAUGUGUCUAUAUCAGCACAUUAACACAAGAAGAGAUUAAUGAACUAUCUACUUGA